AUGGCAACAAGUGAUAAGCCCACUCACGCAGAGCCACCAGAGCGAGAAAGAGAAAGACACAAAAAGAGGAGUCGCAGUGGCUCUGUGGUCCGAGUCGACAAACACCGCAGCUGGAGCAAAGACAGAGGGAGCCGCAGCCGAGAGAAACGAAGCCGAAGCAGGGACAGGAAGAGCCGGGACAGAAGGAGCUUGUCCCGGGACCACAAGAAGCACAGUCACUCUCCAAGGCGAACAAGGAAGAAAAAGACCUGCAAAUACUGGGACGUGCCUCCUCCUGGCUUUGAACACAUCACACCAAUGCAAUAUAAAGCUAUGCAAGCGGCCGGGCAGAUACCAACAAUUGCUCUGCUGGCAACAUCCACUACCACUGGAGUGGCUGCGGCACCGACACAAGUACCCAUAGUUGGCAGUCAGAUGACAAGACAAGCCAGACGGCUCUAUGUUGGAAACAUUCCCUUUGGGGUGACUGAGGAGUCCAUGGCUGAGUUCUUUAAUGCUCAGAUGCGGCUCGCAGGCCUUUCACAAGCUCCGAGUAACCCUGUACUCGCUGUGCAGAUUAAUCAGGAUAAAAACUUCGCUUUUCUUGAGUUCCGAUCUGUAGACGAGACGACACAAGCCAUGGCCUUCGAUGGAAUCAUUUUCCAAGGUCAGUCUCUGAAGAUUAGACGACCUCACGACUAUCGACCUCUACCAGGUAUCUCAGAGCAGCCAGCGUUUCAUGUCCCAGGUGUUGUCUCCACUGUUGUUCCCGAUUCCCCCCAUAAACUGUUUAUUGGAGGCCUGCCAAACUAUCUAAACGACGACCAGGUGAAGGAGCUCUUGACUUCAUUCGGGCCGCUCAAAGCGUUCAAUCUCGUGAAGGACAGUGCCACGUCACUGUCAAAAGGUUACGCCUUUUGUGAAUAUGUCGACAUCAGCGCCACUGAUCAGGCAGUCGCUGGGCUCAAUGGAAUGCAGCUGGGAGACAAAAAGCUGAUCGUCCAAAGGGCGAGCGUCGGAGCUAAAAACGCCAACCCUACCUCCAUCAUAGAGACCCCAGUGACGCUGCAGGUCCCGGGGCUCCAGAGGCUGCAGAACUCUGGCAUGCCCACGGAGGUGCUGUGCCUUCUCAACAUGGUGAUGCCUGAGGAGCUGGUGGACGACGAAGACUACGAGGAGAUCCUGGAAGACAUCCGCGAGGAGUGCUGCAAGUACGGCAGCGUCCGUUCCAUCGAGAUCCCCAGACCUGUCGACGGUGUAGAAGUCCCCGGCUGUGGAAAGAUCUUUGUGGAGUACAUCUGUGCUGCCGACUGCCAGAAAGCCAUGCAAGCCCUCACCGGCCGCAAGUUUGCCAACAGAGUGGUGGUCACCAAAUACUACGACCCUGACAUGUACCACAGACACGAGUUUUAAAGCACAGGCGAGUCUGACAGAACAUAUCCCUCCUCCUUUCAUAAACUUGGGUUCCGUUCCUCUAAAUGUUGUGAAUGUGUCCACAGAGACUGGACCUUGAAAAUACAUUUUAUUACAUCUUCUACUUAACAAACAGCAGCGUGUGUUUCUUCAGUACUUAAUAUUUAACUCCCAGCUUUAGCCUAAUACCCCUGCAGUGAACUGAACUCAUCCUGAAUUCCAAAAAAUCUUAUCGUCUAUGUUACAUUUGCAGUAGAAUGAAUGGGACAUGUAUCUUAUCUAAACCUGAACUAAUACUGCCUGACGAUGCCAGAGUCACUGUCUAUCAAGUAUGCACUAAAAUGAGAAAAAAAAAUUCCCUCCUGAGCACAAACAUUAUUAUUUUUUAUUCCAGAACCAGACUUGAGAAGUCAUCGUAUG